GCCCCACCAUCUAUCUUCUUCACCAUAGUAUCUUACGGCUGAGCUUGGCGGAGAAACGUCUCGAUACUGCGAUCUACGUUUUCCCGAUGACAUCCUUCUUAAUAUCCUCCAUGCUCUCUUCCUCUAUCUUUCCUACCGAAAAUCGCGGCCGUGUUCGAAUACCGGCGACUUCAAUUCCUGGAGGUAGCAUUGUUCGCGCAGUGAAACGGCGGUGUUCCAAAAUUGUCGCCAAAUCACUCGAUCUUCCGCUUCUUCCCUUCAGCAUGAGCGAGGUUCUUGUGCCAACGGAGAGUAAAACGCUGCAUUUGUAUGAAGCAAGGUACUUGGCUUUACUUGAGGAGUCGAUGAAAAGAAAGAAGAAUAUGUUUGUUCAUUUCAUUCUUGACCCUAUUUCCAUUAGCGAGACUGCAACAGAAGCAUCCUUUGCUGCUAGAUAUGGUUGCUUGGUUCUCAUUGAAAACGUUGAGAGAUUAGAUAUUGGCGCACUUGUAUCGAUAAGAGGCGCUGGUCGUGUCAAGAUAUCGAGGUUUUUAGGGGCAGAUCCUUAUUUGUCCGGAGAGGUCAGGCCAAUUAAAGAUCGUUUGGUUUAUGAGAGCAGCGAUGAAAUAACCUCAAAAAUUUCCCAGCUGAAGGAGUCUAUUAAGAAUCUCAAUAGCUUGGAGAUCAAACUUAAGACUCCAGAAGACUCUCCGUUACAAACUCGUCUCUUUAACUCGUUAAAAUGGGCUGAAGAUGAGCCACCGGAAGAAUGUGACGAAACGUUCUUUCCUUCACUUCAAGAACGUCUAUCGUUCGCUGCAUUUCAACCCGUUUCUGGAUCAUCGCAGUCGGAACUGUCAAGGUUACAGCAAGAGAAAUUGAAGGUAAUGGAUAUGAAAGAUACAAUAGAGAGGUUAGAACUCUCAAUGGGACUCAUCAAAGAGAACACUUCCUCAAUUGCAGCCAAACUCGCCAUCCAAUCUUUGGAUAUUCGUUAGUACGUAAUAUAGUAAGUCUGUCAUUGUAAAUGUGUUAUAAUCGCCAUAUUGGUGAAUAUACUCAGCAGGCAGAAAAAAUGUAUAUUCCAUAACAACAAAAGAUUACCUAAUUUUUUGAGUAUUUGCACUCAAUAAGAUAUUUGAACAUCUAUCUGGCCGAUUCUAUUCUCACUGUCGCACAUGCUUUUUACUCACGCUCGUAAACAUUGAUAUACAUAUGAAUUAAUGAGUAAAU